GUUGGUAAACCACCUGCGGGAAAAUUGCAAACUGCUCGGAGAUUUGCACUUUUCCUAGUUUUAACCGCGUUCUUGUGUUUAUUUACUUAUUUAUUUACUUUAUUGUGACCGGGCUGUGUCCUCGUGUCCGCUUGUGUCACAGCACCAUGUUUAUCUCCUCGCAAAACUCGAAGCAUGAAGCCUUUAAAGAUUUCACCCUCGUCAUGCCAGCAGUGGCCGUUGGUAACGUGGGUCAGCUGGCAGUCGACCUCCUCGUGUCCACUCUCAACAUGAGCAGAGUGGGUUACUUUCACACAGACUGCCUCAUCCCCAUGGCAGGUAACAACCCGUACGCCACCUGCAAAGAGGACGCGGAGGAGGUGCACACUCCUGCAGAAGUUUACACAGCGACAGAACUGAAGUUAGCGGUCCUUCAGAUCAGAGCACCAAUUAUUCAGACAAAAUCCAAACGGUUUCGGCAGCAGCUCGUGUCCUGGAUAAAAGCCAGCGGCUUUUCCCGGACGGUGGUUCUGUCCAGCAGCCACGCCUACCAGAGGGACGACAAGCAGCUGCAGGGCACUCCCCUGAGGUACCUGGCCACGCCGUCCCUGCUCAAAGGAAGUGCUGAUGCUCUGAAAGAGCUGGGCUGGAGAGAGAUGGAGCGAGUAGCGGCCUUUCCUGGACUAACGGACACCGACAGCGAGCCACGACUCUACAUCCCGGGAGGGGGAAUCACAAAGGGACUUUACACGGACAGUUGUGCUGUGGAUCUCCCACUGGCCGUGCUGCUGCUCUUCUGCUCAGAAGGCGACAAUAUCCCAGAUGCCUUUGCUCUGGUCGCCCGUCUCAACGACUGGCUCCAUCUCCUGGACAACCAGAGCCAAGAUCUUCAGGGAAAGUGGAAGAUGCCCUCUUCCUGGAGUCUCCUGUUCGGGAGCGGCAUUCCUCCUGCUCUGUUCUGAUGCACAUUUAUAGUUUCUAUUUACGGUUUUCAUGUAAUAAUUAAAGCUCUAAAAUUACACAAAUGUGUUUUCUGUUUGGAAUCUCCUUCAAUAAGUCUGUAAAAAAUCCAUCAUUUUCUAUUUCUAUUUUAAAUGUAAUCUUAACCUGUGUCAGUUCUAUC